AUUAGUCUUGGUGCACCCUACAGAAUAAUUGUCGUUAUUAUCUACAUAAUUACUAUUAUAUGCUGUGGUAUAAAAACAUUCAAAAUUGACCUUGUUUAACAUAUUAUAAUCUAAUUGUCUUUAAACCCGAUGUCUCGUAUAGACAAUUAAGAUAAUAAGACAGCUUUCAAAUUACAUACCAUUAAGACAAAGGAUUAACAAUGAAGUCGUUAGUAUUGUACUUCUUAGCAGCGUUUGUGCUCUUCCCAAUUCACAGAAUUAAUGGAGAUGCAAUAACCAAUACGAUUGGCAAGGAAACAGAUAAAUUGGAAAAGGAUUAUGAUUAUGGAGAUGAAUUUGAAAUAACUGGAACGGGACCAGUACCUCAGGUAUUUUGGCCGGAGAACGCCGUAGACUCAAGUGUAAAUAAUGCUGUUUAUGAUGAAGAAGAUAAUGAUAUAUCGGGUGAUGAUGAAAAUGAAAACAUAUCUGAAUGCCCCGAUCUGAAUCCAUGUCAACAAUAUUGUCAGUAUUAUUUGGGUGCUCUAAGUGAUAAUAAACCUGUAUGUUGGUGUAACCCUGGCUAUAUUCUACAACCAGAUAAAACGUCAUGCAAAGAUAUAGAUGAAUGUAAGAAUGGUUUAUGUUUAAAUCAUGGUGUGUGUACCAAUACACCAGGAUCCUAUAUAUGUAAUUGUGACAGAGGUUUUUAUUUGAAUGCAGAAGGGCAGUGUGUUGAUUUACCAGAUUGUAUAGAUGACGAUAUAUGUGGUGAAGGUAGUACUUGUAUGGAAGUUCCUGGUUCCUAUCAAUGUGUUUGUGAUCUUGGUUAUGAAUAUAUCAACGGCAAAUGCAAAGAUAUUAACGAGUGUCUGUUAGUUCAAUGUGGAGAUAGGAAAAUGUGUAGGAAUACAGAGGGUGGUUAUUUUUGUGAAUGUGCACCAGGUUAUCAGGAUGUCUGCGGAAGUUGCCAGGAUGUCAACGAGUGUAGAGAUAGUAGACAUACCCCAUGUCCCAGAGGAAUGUUAUGUUAUAAUACGGAAGGUUCAUAUCAUUGUUUCUGCCCACUUGGUUAUAGACAACAUGGUAACGGAUGUACAGAUAUUAAUGAAUGUGUAGAAGAAGUACAUAACUGUAAUCAUUACGCAUAUUGUGGUAAUGUACCUGGAACGUUUUUCUGUCAGUGUAGUAAAGGUUUUACUGGAGAUGGUGUCAAAUGUUUCGAUGUAAAUGAAUGUGAAAGAAAUAAUGGCGAUUGUGAACAUACCUGUGUGAACUAUCCUGGACAUUAUAGAUGUGCCUGUGAAUCUGGUUUUACUCUAGAUACAGAUGGUAGAUCAUGUAUAGAUGUCAACGAAUGUAAUUAUCACAAUGGGCAAUGCCAACAUAAUUGUCAUAAUCUGGUUGGUUCUUAUUUAUGUAGCUGCCGCCUGGGACAUAAUUUACAUAUCGAUGGUAGAACUUGUGUUGAUAUAAAUGAAUGUUUGAUAGAUAAUGGUAAAUGUUCUGAAAACUGUACAAAUGUCAAUGGAUCAUUUGUUUGUUCUUGUUUUGAAGAUAGAGUUCUCGAUGAUGACUCGGCUUGCAGACCUAUAAGAUCUUGCUAUGAUAAAAAUGGUGGAUGUGAUCAACGAUGCCGUAAUGGAACUGAUGAAACUAUUAUAUGUAGUUGUAGAGAAGGCUACUUAUUAGAUGAUAAUGGAAAAAGCUGUCAUGAUGUAGAUGAAUGUAAGACGUAUAUAAAUGGUGGAUGUGAACAAGAAUGUAUUAAUACGCCAGGAAGUUAUAAAUGUACCUGUUUCAAAGGUUAUAAACAAUUAGUGAAUAAAGAUCACGUUGACAAAUGUGAAGCUAUUUGUGAACCAAAAUGUAAAAAUAAUGGUAAAUGUGUUGCACCUAAUAAAUGUUUAUGCCCUGUCGGUUAUCCAGGACCACGGUGUACCGCUCGAUGUGAGCCAGCUUGUGCUCAUGGUGGAGCAUGUCAUCGUCACAACCAAUGUAUCUGUCAACCUGGCUGGACUGAUCCUGGUUGUCUGACAGCUGUAUGUAGACCGGGAUGUCUCAAUGGUGGUAAAUGUAUAGCACCGAAAACAUGUCAGUGUAAAACUGGCUAUACUGGUUCAAGAUGUGAAACACCUAUUUGUGUACCGGCUAAGCAUAUUGUGCCCCAUAAACGUGAUCCGCUAUUACUAAUUAGAAAUUAUAACCUAAAUUACUACACAAGGCUUUUAAAAAGAUGCAUUUUAAAUUUUAUUUACACUGCAGCUAUUUGUGUACCGGCUUGUAGAAAUGGUGGUAUUUGUCGUCAACCGAAUGUCUGUUUAUGUCAGAAUGGUUUUAGUGGGCCACGAUGUUCUCAAUGUAAGUAA